AUGUCCUCUCUACCUCCCCUCGCACCCUUCCCUCAGGCCUCAUGGCGACAACACCUUUCACCCAGCGAAUGGAACUCUCUACUCGACGCAUGGACGUCGCUAUGCCGUGCUCUUGUUGCUUUGCCCGACAAGCAGCUUAAGGCAGCACUCUCACACGAUGAUGCUGUAGCCACAUUUCUGGCCACUUUUGCAGAGGAGACGGCCAAUGCAGGUUUCACAGUCCUGGAAUCACACUCGACGACACUACCCAAGGCGGUUUUCCAGCUCACUUCUAGAGUGCUUAAUCUUUCUCCGCCAUCGCAGCUUCUGGGAUUUCCAUUCCUGGCAGAUGUUGCAAGGAUCUUCCCACGGAAACUUACAGCACCUCUCAUCGCCCAACUCUUUCAGCAACAUGCCGCACCACUCGAGUCGUCUCUCUCAGCCUUGAAGAAGCAGCUCAUUCCACAGCUGGACUCGGGGAUCAAGGGCGACCUGAAGCUCGUCGAGGCUCGUCUUACACGCCUGAACUAUUUGCUGCACGCCUCACCGGAUGCCUGCACCUUGUUCCUCGCAGGUGCUGAUUUCCUCGAUGGGCUGGUUGUCUGCUUCCGCGUCAUGAACCCGCCCCUGCGGAAGGUUAUUGUGACGACGGCAUACCUAUGUCUCGUUGGCUUGAUAGAUGCCGAACCGGCCAAGUGGUCGAUGCUGAGCGAUCAGCUAUAUGCGCUUAAAGAAGCGGCUGACGCUCACAAAACUGGCCCUCUCAACGUGAACGACUCUCUGGUCCCGGAACUAGUUACGAGUACUCCUCUACUCAAGAUAUUGCUACGGAGAGCAGAAGAUUCUGGAGCGGCUACGGAUAACUUGAAGAAACGAAUUACGGCACUCGAGAGUUUUAAGAAGGGCGCCAUGGUACGACCAAAGCGCCUGGUGAGACGAAAAGUGGACAAGGGCAAGGGCAAGGAAACGCAGCAAGAUGUGGAUGCAGAUAUUCAUGUUCAUCGAAUGAGCCAGAUCACUCAGGUUCAAGACCUAUUCCCCGACUUGGGAGCAGGCUUUGUGGCCAAGUGUCUGGAGGAGUAUGGAGAUGAUGUUGAACAAGUGGUUGCAAAUCUGCUGGGGGAGAGUCUACCACCUCACCUGGCUGGUGCAGACCGCAGUGAGCCCUUGACAUCACAUACUGAACCACAACAUACGGAACUUGCACCACGUCCUACACCUCCCCAAGUUCCGACACGGCAUAAUGUGUUUGACGAUGACGAGUUUGACCGCCUAGCCAUGGACGUCUCCAAGGUUUCAUUCGGAAAGAAGCCCGGGAAGAGCGCUGAUGAGAUGCUCAAGGAUAAGGCAAACGCGCCUAACAAGUCGGCGAUUCUUUCUGCUCUGGCGGCAUUUGACUCAGAUGACGAUGAACGGGACGAUACCUAUGACGCAGCGGAUGUGGGUGGCACGGUUGAUGCCUCGAACCAGGAAGCCGAUGCCGCGAAUGAUGGUAACGAGGAGACAUUAUUCCGGGCGUACCAGAUGGACUCCAAGCUAUUUAAUCGCGACGCGGCCAUCAGGAGAGGAAACCAGCGAGCGAAAUUGAGGGAAGAUACCGGAAUGACGGACGAGGCCAUCGAGGGAUGGGCACUUAUGCUGGUGAGAAACCCUCAGCAAAAGCGACGACUGGAGGCAAAGUAUGCCUUUGCCGGCCAACAAGCGCAACUGGAGCGGACCUCCUGGAGAGCAACACCAACAGGAUCGGGAGAGGAGGAGAGUGAAGCCGACGGAGGAUCAUCUCGGGGUGGAAGAGGGGGUCGCGGGCGAGGACGAGGACGAGGUGGUCGUGGCAGAGGAGGCAACGUCGCCGGGCCUACAGGCGAAAAGGAGACCGAGUCGGCCAGGAGGAACAAGGAGGCCCAUAAGGGUUCUCGGGCGAAUCACAACCGGCGGGAUGCGCGGGCCAAGAAGAUGGCACGGGGAGGUUUCGCCGCCUGA